CUCUUUCCCGCUUCCCGCCCCUUUCCCCGUUCCCUCCCUAUUCUCCCGUUCUCCCCCCGGUUCCCCGCUCCCUUUAUCGCCCGGUCCCCCCGUCCCCCCCGUUCCCGUCGCUCACUCUGCGGCAGGUCGGGGAAGCUGAAGGUCCCGGAGUGGGCGGACACGGUCAAACUGGCCAAGCACAAGGAGCUGGCUCCCUACGACGAGAACUGGUUCUACACGCGGGCGGCCUCCACGGCGCGGCACCUGUACCUGCGGGGCGGCGCGGGGGUGGGCUCCAUGGCCACGGUGUACGGGGGCCGGCAGCGCCGCGGGGUCCGCCCCAGUCACUUCAGCCGCGGCUCGGGCAGCGUGGCGCGCCGCGUGCUGCAGGCGCUGGAGGGGCUCAAGAUGGUGGAGAAGGACCAGGACGGCGGGCGGAAGCUGACGCCUCAGGGGCAGCGGGACCUGGACCGUAUCGCGGGGCAGGUCGCCGCCGCCAGCAAGAAGCACUGAGGAGCCGCAAUAAAUGACCCUCCCUGA